GAAUGAUGAGAAAAUCGCAGUCAGCGACAUCACUCCGAUGCGGCCGGACUGCGCUGCGCUGCUCAACGCCCACUACUCUUAAUUCACCACUCUCUACCAAUGCCACUACCAACUCAAUCCUACAUUGUCCUCCUGUUGAAACACGUCUCUUCUCUCCAUCAAUCGGAACAACCGCACCUCUUCCCUCGACAAGUCUCGACAUCGCUGACACCAUCCCUCCUCGAAUCCUGAUACCUGUGGAGACCAACCGCCACAAUCCAGCCUCCACCGUCGACGCCAUCAUCGGCCAGCCGCGGAUCUGCCAUCGCCCCUAAGCGCAGGAAUACCCGGAUUGGUGGGACGCCGUAACAUCAGGCUAGAUCGUUAAGUGAUAAGACUUCCGUCUCUUAUCAUCGUCAUUUCCCCUAAGUACAGUUGUUGUCGAGGUCAAUUUAUCGAAUGCUAACAGAAUCAAAUUCUGCUCAAAAGGGGCGUACGAAAUAGAGUCCAAAACAAAAAUCCAUGCCGAGGAAAUCCUUUUCGCAUCACAUGGCCAACCUGGCUGAGACUUUUCAGUUGCGUAACGACAAUUUUUUCAUUCGACAUUUCGUCGCCUACUAGUGCUAUACCAAUCGGUAUGCGCCAGUGUUCCUAAACAGUGGUAUACUACUACACACCUGGGCGCCGCCCUCGGCAGAUGACGCCGCGCCGCGUCGACAGUAGCCGCUCUGUUUGCGUUGUCUCUGUCCAGUUUCGCCGAAUUCGGCCUCCUGCUGUUGAUGAAUAUACUAUAGGCAUGCUGUGUAACAAUUCUUGCACCACAAGCCUCAUGGUUUUUGACCAUUGAUCGAUGGCGGAUUGACCUCCUGUCACAGGUUGCGAGACUAGCAGCAUGCUCAACGCCUAGCAGUACCAGAGAAGUUCAACCAUGGCCUAGGAAUUUUUUCAGUGUCUGCUCGAGCUUCGCAAGAGCCAACGGCUUGGCCAGAAAGGCGUCUGCCCCCGCCGAUAUGCACAGGGCUUGAGCAUCAGGUCCAACAACUGCAGUAAACAUGACAAUAGGACGUUUUCGAGACAGUGACCCAAGUGACUCCAUUUCGCGAAUCUCCUUGGUUGCCGUGAUGCCAUCUUUCUGUGGCAUGGAUUGGUCCAUCAAGACGAGGUCGAUGUCCUCAUCCCUCUCGACAAGACUGUCCACCGCUUCCUGCCCAUCGUUGGCAACGAUAACCUUGUAUCCAAGGGCCUCUAACAUCCUAACACCAAGCUUUUGGUUGAUUUUGUUGUCUUCCACCAAAAGUAUGGUCGACUCUUUGAUGAAUUUGUUCUCCUGACAUUGUUCGCUUCCGGAGUCCUCAACCACAUCUACCAUUGGAGCAAACCUGACCAAUCGGUCGAUUGACGCCCGGCCUGAUCUAACAACCGAGUUGAUGGUCUCUAUCAUGCGGUGCCAGAUCAAUGGCCGUCGGAGUGGGAUAAUAUGUGCUGGAGGUACAGAUCCGAGUGUUCUGUCCAAGAGCGAUUGAGAGUCGUGUGUUACCAGAACCAGCUGGUUCUGCAAGUGCAUUAAACGGUGGCGCAGUGUCGGAUGUGCUUGCAAGAAAACAAGGUCUGUCCAGAUAAACCCCCAACUGCUGGCCACAGUAGCAUCAGCAUCUCCUGGUACCAAUUCAAAGCCAAAUGCCCUCCAGGCCUGCUGUAGGCCUUCAAAAAAUCGUCCAUCACGAGGACCAUAGAAGCAUACAUGCUUGUCGGAUGUUAUUGAGCUCGGUGGUGGUAGCGUGCCGGUGGGUCCCAAAUUGGGAAUUUCGACGAUGAACGUACUUCCACACUUUUCCAACCCCACGUCAUCCGGCAGCCGACAGUGACUUUCAACAUCGAUGGUGCCCUGCAUCUUCUCCAGCAGUUGUCGAAUGAUGGCCAGGCCGAGACCUGUUCCUCUUUCCGCGCCCCGAGUCUGAGCCUGCUUGAAAGGCUCGAACAGUUGUGGUAGGAAUGCUUCCGGUAUACCGAGGCCAGAGUCCUUAACUGUGAUGUUCAGAUUCCUGUCUCUCAUUCCCACCAAAAGUAGGACAUAUCCACGCUGUGUGAAUUUCAAUGCAUUUGUAAGAAGAUUCAUCAGGAUCCGCUGAAGGUAAGUCUCGUCCAGGAACAAAGAAGUGGGCACCUCGGGACCAACUACAAUCAUCAAUUCUGUGCCUCCCUCUUCGUGAUUAUUGGGCAGAAUGGCAAUGAUCGACUCACAGACUUUUCGAAGGUCCAGACUGGUUGGUCGGCAUACUGCCUCG